UAAAUGGCCCAGUGUCGUCAGCAGCUCAUCUUCCUUGAUGCACAGCCAGGGAAGACCGCCGGUGGACUUUAUUGUUGGAGAACAGGAUUUGAAAUAAUAAUAAUAAAAGCCGCCGCCAACUUUUAAUCUUCCAGUCAACGGUUCCCGAGUUCAUCACGUCAGAUAUAUAAAACUUCUUCUCCAUCUUCAUCUUCUUCAAUCCCUCUCCUUCAUCAAACAAUAUGAAUCAGAAAUUAGGGUUAGCUUUUGGUUCAGCUCCUGGAAGUAACUCAGAUAAACCUGUGGAAUCAACUGGUCUGGCACUGUCUCCAGGUCUUGGAGGCAUAACCAUGGAUAAAUCGGUGGAGUUCUCAUAUGAAGAACUUGCCCAGGCUACUGAUAACUUCAGUAUGGCUAAUAAGAUUGGCCAAGGUGGCUUUGGCUCUGUUUACUAUGCAGAACUGAGAGGCGAGAAAGCUGCAAUCAAGAAGAUGGACAUGCAAGCUUCAAAAGAAUUUUUUGCUGAACUAAAGGUCUUAACACAUGUUCAUCAUUUGAACCUGGUCCGAUUGAUUGGAUACUGUGUAGAGGGUUCUCUUUUUCUAGUUUAUGAAUACAUUGAGAAUGGCAACUUAAGCCAACAUUUGCAUGGCUCUGGGAGGGAUCCAUUGUCAUGGUCCGCUAGGUUGCAAAUUGCCCUUGAUUCAGCUAGAGGCCUUGAUUAUAUCCAUGAGCAUACUGUUCCUGUUUAUAUCCAUCGUGAUAUUAAGCCAGCCAACAUAUUGAUUGACAAGAACUUCCGUGGAAAGGUUGCAGAUUUUGGGUUAACAAAACUAACGGUUGGAGGUUCAUCGCUUCCUACACGUAUUGUGGGUACAUUUGCAUACAUGCCACCAGAAUAUGUAAUUUAUGGAGAUGUUUCUCCAAAAUUGGAUGUCUAUGCCUUUGGAGUUGUCCUUUAUGAACUUAUUUCUGCCAAGGAUGCUAUUGUCAAGAUAAAUGGUUCUAGUGGUGAAACACAGGGCCUUGUUGCUUUGUUUGAAAAUGUUCUCAAUGAACCUGAUCCUAGAGAAGAGCUUUGCAAAUUGAUUGACCCAAGGCUUGAAGAUAACUAUCCACUUGAUUCAGUCUUAAAGAUGGCCCAGCUUGCCAGGGCAUGCACAUACGAGAAUCCUCAAUUACGUCCAAGUAUUAGAUCUAUUGUGGUUGCCUUGAUGAAUCUUUCAUCCUCAACAGAUGAUAGGGAUGUUGGGUCCUUCUAUGAAAAUCAAGCUCUCGUCAAUUUAAUGUCUGGAAGAUAGAGGCUUCGCAUGCGGGGAAAACAUGAAAAAUGAUAUAUGAACAAUGCAAUAAUUAAUUAUAAUUGAGUACAAAGUACUUGAUAAAAAUUUAAUAUAACCAAUUCUUUUUUUCUUGAUUGUAUACACAAA